AUGGACUCAUCCUCAAGAGGCAGCGGCAGUAGCCAUCGUCGCGACCACGACAAGAAAGCAGACAGAGACAACGACAGAGAUAAAGACAGGAAACACAGACACCAUGACCGCCACCGCAACGACGACGACGCCGACAGCGACCACCACAAGAAACAUAAGUCCUCGUCCUCGUCCUCAAAGUCACGCCACCAUGACCGUGACGACGACAGAGACGACAACGACAAGCACAGCAGACGAAGCCACCACAAACCGUCAUCCUCAAGACACGACAGAGAUCGAGAAAGAGGUUCACGGAGCCGCAAGGAGGAUAAGGACAAGGAGGACGUUGAUAUGGCUGAGGACGACGAGGACAUGUGGGUCGAGAAGGAGGUCUCUGCAUCCGUGUCAAGUGCACCUGCCCCCGCGACCUCAGUAGCAUCAAAGCCAGAGCUCAAGUCGAGCACAACAGACAAUGAGGUUGCAGAACUCGAUGAGGUGGCUGACAAGGGUCCUAAACGCGAUAGCUGGAUGACGGACGCUGGCGGUAUGGAUUUCGGACUCAUGGGCGCAUUGAAGGUCAAGAAGCCCAAAGAAGAUAAACCUAACCCAGAUAAGAUCUACAUUAGUGAGCGCGAGCUCAACAUUCACCUCAAGUCUGGACUUCAUGUUGACCAGUAUCCCGUCCAAGAGGUAGCUAACAUGAGGGUGAUUGGAUUUGUCUAUGUCGUAGAAAAACCAUCGUAUACCAUUGGAGACGCAGGAUCUUCAUGGAGAAUGACAAAGCUGAAGCGUGUCUUGGAGUCGGCGGAGGAGAGAGGUGUUGCACCUGAGAUUGUCGGCGUUGAGCGAUAUGGGGUAUGCCUCUUUGCCAUUUCUUACCUGUACCUUGCAAAUGACAUUCGACUCAUUGAAUCACAACCUAACUCGUUUACCUCGUUUACUACCUUUGUCCAAAAGUCAAUAGAGAAGUUCGACGAGGCUAUGCAUGAGCGCAGGGAGUUGGAUCGUAGGAGCACAAAGAAGAAGGAACGCCGAGGCGACAGGAGGGAUGAUAGCAAGGACAGCAGGGAUUCCAGAGACAACAGAAAAGAUGACAAACGACGUGAUGAUAGCGACUAUCGACGCGAAAGAGACAACAAGCCUUCAAGGAGUGGUCGUCUCUCAGAGUUCAGCUCAGCAGCAUCGUCUCCCUUCCAGCGACCUAUGGAUGAGGAAGAGCGUCUUGAGAAAGAACUGGCUAGGCGGUUAAAGGAUAAGGAGCAGGAGAAAGAACAAGAGCGGAGGUUCACUCCUAUCCCCUCACCGUUUGCGACUCACGUCUCCUCGCCCAUCCCGAACCAUUCAGCAGCGGAGCCCACUAUGACGGCGGAUCAGUUGAAUAAGCUGAGAGCCAAGGCGAUGCGUGCGAAGAUGUUGGGGAUGCCUGACGCUGAUGCGCUGGAGAAGGAGUUUGAGGAGGCACAAAAGGCCGUUUCUGAGGCCGCAUCAAGACCACCAGCACCAGCACCAGAAUCUAACAGGAUUGUCGUUGUCCAGACCAUGGGCCGUGGAAGUGGGUCGUCUUCGCCAGCCCCAUUGGGUGCUGGUAAUGUACCACCAAAGAAGAAGAAGAAGGAGGUGACGCACGACGAGCAGGGAAACCGGAUCGCCUAUGAUGGAGAGGAGAAUGAUCUGGAUCUGCACGAGCUGGUGCGUCGAGAGAGGCUGGGACUGGAAGACAGCAUGGACAGAGAGCUUGAACGACGAAUCACUCGCGAUGCCGCCUUCCGGGAGGACAAUGAUUAUCUGGAUGACAAUGCUGACAGGAUCGCGCGGACGGUCAAGAAGAACGACGCGCAGAUCAAGAGUUCUGCUGUCAACGACUACCGCAAGACCCAGACUGCGCUCGACAGAUGCAACAUGUGCUACAAGGACGACGGCAAGACUCCACCUCAAAUGGCUGUGGUUUCGAUGGGCACGCGCACCUACUUGGGUUUACCGCAGUACAAGGAGUUUUUGCCCGGUCACUGUAUGAUUGUACCCAUUCAGCAUGUUACCUCUACUCUGGAACUCGAUGACGACGCCUGGGACGAGAUCCGCAACUUUAUGAAGUGUCUGAUCCAGAUGAAUGCUGCUGAGGACAAGGCCAUGAUAUUUUCCGAGACUGUGAUUAACCUCAAGUGGCAGAAGCAUACUGUGAUCGAGUGUAUUCCUAUCCCCUGGCAGGCCGGUCAAGCCGCUCCUGGAUACUUCAAGGAAGCAAUUUUGAGCGCGGACGAGGAAUGGUCGCAACACAAGAAGCUGAUCGAGACGGACGCAAAGGUGGCAGCCAACGGAGGAUUCCGAAGACGCUUAACCAGCAAGAUGCCCUUUGUCCAUGUCUGGCUCGGAUCACCCGACAAGGGCUAUGGCCACGUCAUUGAGGAUGCAGAUCGUUUCGAGGACUAUUUCGUGAAGGAGGUACUGGCCUCUGUCUGUGAGAUGGAUUCGACUCAGUGGCGGAGACGGGAUAAUAAGCGGAUCCCGCAGGCGGAUAAUCCGAGACGCGUUGAGGCGUUCAAGAAGUCUUGGAAUGCUUGGGAUUGGACAAGGACUCUUGAAGGAAAGUAA